ACGUUGCACAUAACUCACUUUCACUCGCGCAACAGUGAGUUCCAAUUGUGGACAAACGGAAAAUAAAUACAGCUGCUCUCCAUCAUGAGACCAUCAAGAAUCAGGCUCUUUGCACUUACUGUGCUUGUGUCUCUAAUCUGUGUGAUCCAGGUAGAGACAGCUCCAGUAAUGGACACCUGGGCAUCAGGACUCAUACACCGUGCCAAGCGUUCUCUACUUUGGCGCUGGAACACAUUGAAGCCGGUGGGUGCAGGAUGCAGAGAUAAUUACGAAUGUGGCACAAAUUACUGCAGGAGAAACAUCUGUGCAUUCCAGCCUAAAUCCUCUUCGUCCUAACAACAAAAAAAAUCACUUUCACUUUUCCUGUGAAAAUGAAAAGAACCUUCUGGGAAACGAGAGAAAGAAAAAGGACGUUUCUUUGUACAAUAACAACUCUGAUGAAAGAAAAUUGGGAAAAAAAAAAAGAAA